AAGGAAAACAAAACCUGGAGACACAGAAAAGGGCUCUAGGAAAAAGGGAAAAAGUUUUGGAUGGGAUUAUGUGGAAACUACCCUGCAAUUCUCCGCUGCCAGAGCAGGCUCAGUGCUGCCUUCUCCCCAGCGGCGCAGCCCGCGCCGGGCGCUGCUGAGAGACGCCCGGGCCUCGGUGCCGCGCCGCCAGUGCCUGCUGUGCCGGAGCCCCUCGCCCCGCCGGCCCAAUGCUCCUCCUCGGGCUGCUCCUGCUGACAUCUGCCCUGGCCGGCCGGAGGCAGGGGGCCGUCGCCGAAUCCGAUCUCAGCAGCAAGUUCGCCUUCUCCGGCGCCAAGGAGCAGAACGGUGUGCAGGACCCUCACCAUGAGAAGAUAAUUACUGUGACUACUAAUGGGAGUAUUCACAGCCCCAAGUUUCCACAUACAUACCCACGCAACACUGUGCUAGUGUGGAGAUUAGUAGCACUUGAUGAAAAUGUAUGGAUACAACUUACUUUUGAUGAAAGGUUUGGGCUUGAGGACCCAGAAGAUGACAUUUGCAAGUAUGACUUUGUAGAAGUUGAAGAGCCUAGUGAUGGCACUGUUUUAGGACGCUGGUGUGGUUCCAGUACUGUGCCAAGCAGACAGAUCUCCAAAGGAAACCAGAUCAGAAUAAGAUUUGUGUCUGAUGAAUAUUUUCCUUCUGAACCUGGAUUCUGCAUCCAUUAUACACUUCUUAUGCCACACCACACAGAAGCACCCAGCCCAUCACUGCUACCCCCAUCAGCCUUGCCCUUGGAUGUAUUAAACAACGCCGUUGCUGGUUUUAGCACCGUGGAAGACCUUAUCCGCUAUCUCGAACCAGAGCGGUGGCAGCUGGAUUUGGAAGAUUUGUACAGGCCAACGUGGCAACUUCUUGGGAAAGCAUACAUUCAUGGGAGGAAGUCAAGAGUGGUGGAUCUGAACCUCCUGAAGGAGGAGGCGCGGCUGUACAGUUGCACCCCGCGCAACUUCUCGGUGUCGCUGAGGGAGGAGCUGAAGAGAACAGACACCAUCUUCUGGCCGCUGUGUCUGCUGGUGAAACGCUGUGGUGGAAACUGUGCCUGUUGUCAGCAGAGCUGCAAUGAGUGCCAAUGUGUGCCAACAAAAGUCACCAAAAAAUACCACGAGGUUCUUCAGCUGAAGCCAAGGAUUGGUGUCCGGGGAUUGCAUAAAUCGUUGACAGAUGUACCCUUGGAACACCACGAGGAGUGUGACUGUGUGUGCAAAAGGAAUACUGAAGGAUAAACAUGAUAUAAUUGUGCUGUUUUCUUUCAAAGCACAUUCAAUCAAUGGCUGAUUCUAUUAUGGGGCUUGUGCAUUAUCUCCUUCUGUAAUCUCAGUUGUUUGCUUUGGGGAUCUUCCGUCUUGAAGAUUUACAGUGAGCUCUAAAAAGAGGAGAAGCCAAACUGGGAUUAUAUGUUGUGUGACAGCUCUGUUUGGAGGCCCAGUGAAAGGAUGGGAGAAAGGCAUCAAUGAGGGAUUUAAAAUAUAUGUAUUGUUUUGUCCCCCACAAUUUUCUUGGCAAUACAUGGAUUUAUAAUUUAGGAGUAAAAAAUAGAUUUAGAAGGCUGACAUCAUGGAGACUUGAUCCUGCUGGCUGUCUCAUUUCUACAGCUCGAGUACAUCUGGCCUCUGGUUGAAAACACCUGAAAUCUUUGUGUUCAGCUACUUCUACGUACUCUAAAUCAAAGUGUUCUCUGUUGUAUAAACUUGAGUUAAAACAGACUGUCUUUUUCCGAAUUAAAUUUAAUUUGUCUAAUGCUGGUAGGAAGGACUGGAUUUUUCCAUGUGCUUUAGUAAAGCUCCUGCCUUUUAGAAGGAAGACUGGACAAUAACGUGAGCUAAGGAAGCAAACAUUGAAAAGAUCAGUGCCUUUAUUCUUACUACUAUGGCUGAUGAUUUUUUUUGUGUGUUUGUUUUUUUUUUAUCGUGUACAUUUUUAUACUCUCCUCUUGACGAUAUAACUAUUUGCUUUUCUAAACUUGUUAAAUAUAUCUAUUUUUACCAAAGGUAUUUAAUAUUCUUUUUUUAAUUACAACCUAGAUCAACUAUUUUUUAGUUUUGUGAGACUUUAAAGCCAGAUUUAUACAGUUGGAGGAACAGAGAUGUGACUACAGUGGGAAAGAAGCAUGAUCUCUUUGCAGUUUGUUUCUACAAAGUGAAAAGUACAGGUUUUUUACCUGGAUUCACAGUAAUAGUAGACAGAGAUGUGUGGAUGAAGCUCUAAGCUUGCUAGCUCCAUGAGACUAAAAAUAUGAGACAGAGGUUACUAUAACCGGUUUCAGAAGUUGAAUUUAAAAAUUCCCCCUCUCCAUACUGUCCUUUGUUCAGGUAGAAAAGAAAUGAGCAUAGAUGGAUGCAUUCUGGCUUGUUUAACUCUUUAAUAUCUUUAAAGGAGAAUUACCUACAAUGUAAGAAAAGGAACCAGUGGCUUGAAGCCAUCAUGAUGCAUCAUGUUCAUCGGAAGGCAGCUGUGUCAGUGGUGAAGUGUAGGGUUUUCCAUUGACAGAAACAGCUGCUGAAGUGCUGUUCACUCACAGGAACGUAACACUCUGCAGUGCAGUUUGAUGAACUCUAUGGUAUCGUUCUUCUGUAUGUUUUAUUCUUUAACCAGUACACUUAUCCCACCCCAUGCAAAUUGAAAUGGAAACAGUAAAGUAUUUUGCUUGUAAAAUGUUUUAACAUUAUGCCUAGUUUAUUUUUUUGACUAUUGGAUUUUCAGAUUGUAAUGAAUCACAAAAUAAAAUAAUAAUGCUAA